GGUGGCGGGCGGGCGGCCCGGGCCCAUGGCGGAGCCGGCGCUGCCGCUGGUGACUCGGCUCAGCUAUGCCGUGGGCCACUUCCUGAACGACUUGUGCGCUUCCAUGUGGUUCACGUACCUGCUGCUGUACCUGCACUCGGUGCAGGGCUACAGCUCGUGGGGCGCCGGCGUCCUGCUGCUGCUGGGCCAGCUGGCCGACGGCGUGUGCACGCCCCUCGUGGGCUACGAGGCGGACCACUCCGGGGGCUGCUGCGGGAACUACGGGCCCCGAAAGUCCUGGCACCUAGUCGGCACCGUUUGUGUCCUGCUCUCUUUCCCUUUCAUCUUUAACCCCUGUCUGGGGUGCACAGCGUCCACCUCAGAGUGGGCUGCCCUCAUCUACUAUGCACCGUUCAUUGUGAUCUUCCAGUUUGGCUGGGCGGCCACGCAGAUCUCCCACCUGUCUCUAAUCCCUGAGCUGGUCACCAAUGACCAUGAGAAGGUAGAGCUCACCGCCUUCAGGUAUGCCUUCACCGUAGUGGCCAACAUUGCUGUGUAUGGGGCUGCCUGGCUGCUUCUCCAUUUCCAGGGGUCCCACUCUGAGGCCCCUGAUUUAGACACCAGUGACCAGCUAGGCCUACAGGAUGUGCCGGUGUUCAGGAACCUUUCCCUGAUGGUCGUCUGUGUCGGUGCCAUCUUCUCCCUGCUCUUCCACCUGGGCACCAAAGAGCGGCCUCGGCAGCGGCAUGGGCUUGAGGAGCCCGGCGAGCACAGCCCCCUGCUCCCGCCCACCACCCAGCCCAUGCUCCUCUGGAAGCACUGGCUUCGGGAGCCGUCCUUUUACCAGGUGGGCAUGCUGUAUAUGAGCACACGGCUCAUUGUGAACCUGUCACAGACGUAUAUGGCUAUGUAUCUGACCUACUCUCUCAGCUUGCCCAAGAAGUUCAUUGCGACCAUCCCCCUUGUGAUGUAUGUCAGCGGCUUCUUCUCCUCUUUCUUCAUGAAGCCAGUGAACAAGCGCAUUGGUCGGAAUCUGACAUACUUUGUAGGCCUCUUGGUCAUCCUGGCUUUCGCCUCAUGGGUGGCGCUGGGCAACUCACUAGGGAUAGCUGUGUAUGGAGCGGCAGUACUCCUGGGUAUUGGCUCAGCCACCAUCCUGGUUAUGUCCCUGUCCAUGACAGCUGACCUUAUUGGCAGCCACACGAACAGUGGGGCCUUUGUGUAUGGGGCCAUGAGCUUCACAGACAAGGUAGCCAACGGGCUGGCUGUGAUGGCCAUCCAGAGCCUAUACCCCUGCUCCUCAGAACUGUGCUGUGCAGCCUGCAUGGGCUUCUACCAUUGGGUGAUGGUGGCCGUGACAGGAGGUGUGGGCGUGGCCGCUGCCCUCUGUCUCUGUAGCAUCUUUCUCUGGCCCAUCCAAGUUCGAUUCUAUGAUACAACUGCGGCUGGCCCAGCUGAAGGUGCCGCUAGACCAAACUCGGGAGCCUCACAGGACAUUACAGUCAACUGAACACUCAGGAUACCUCAGGCGUCUGUGCACAUGGACUCUCCUCCUCCUCCUUCCCUGGGUACUGGGACUCACAUCUAAGGGUCUCCUGCAAUGGAACACCCCCAGCGGGUCUGGGGAAUCCUCGUUUGUCUCUCGGGCCCAUUUCUCUGACCAGGGAUCUCUGGGCUGCUAGCUGUUUACAAAGAAUGUUGGACUAAUGAAUAAAAGUCCCACUGUGAGUGUGGGAAUUCUGCAUUUGGA